GGACUCUGCAGCUCUUUAGGCCGCGUUCCCCGAGCAGGACUACAGCUCCCGAAGCCCCGUGCGUGUGGGUAGGGACGGGCAGCGGGAGCAGAGCGCAGCCCUUAGCGGGGACCCGCCGUGCUGCUGCCGCUCGAUCCCAAAAACCUCCCCGUGGCCAUGGCGUUGGUGAAGAGCGGCUGGCUUUGGCGGCAGAGCUCGAUCCUACGGCGCUGGAAGAGGAACUGGUUCGUGCUGUACCUGGACGGCAGCCUGCUCUACUACCACGACCAGACGCAGCGCGACAUGGACGGCCGCCUGCACAUCAAGCACAGCUGCCGCGACGUCAGGAUCGGCCCCGAGUGCCGAGACGUGCAGCCCCCCGAGGGGAAGAGCCGCGAGUGCCUGCUGAGCCUGGUGCUGCGGGACGCCUCCAAGACCUCGCUGUGCGCCGAGAGCGAGGACGACGCCGUGGCGUGGAAGCUGGCCCUGCUGGAGGCGAAAUCCACCCCGGUGCACGUCUACGACCCCUACGACGACGACUACUACCAGGCGGUGCCCAUCGACUCCCACCAGGCCGCCUACGUCAGCUCGGGCCACUACGGCCACCAGUACGGAGCCCCCGGGGUGACCCACGUCAUCGUGCGGGAGGAUCCUUACCGCGUCUCCGGGGACCAGAUGGCUUUGGGGUUGCUGGCGGGGGCGGCCACCGGCGCCGCCCUGGGCUCCUUCAUGUGGAUGCCGUGCUGGUUUUAGCCCCCCCAUCCCAUAAAACGCGGCCCCUUCGCUUCUCCAGCCCCCCCUGAUCCCGGCUUCUGCAUCCCAAAACCCGCACGCGGCUCCAAGGACCCCAAAUCCCCAAAUCUGCCCCCCCUCGGCACCGCUCUGCAACCCCCAAAACCUCCAGGGGCUGGGAGUAAAAACCUUGGGUUUGGGGAUGGUGGGAGGGGUGCUGCCCCCCCCCAAAGCAGUUUCCGGGAGGUAGGUGACAUUUUCUGGCAAAAUUGCUAUUUUAUUUUAAUUUAUUUUAUUUUAAUUUAAUUUAUUUUAAUUUAUUUUUUUGAUUUUUUUUUGAUUUUUUUUUUUAAUUUAUUUUAAUUUUAUUUUAUUUUUUGAGGGUUUUUGAGGGGGAUCCAGCACCGCAGCGGGACGCUCAGCGCCGCUUUCCCCCGGAGCAGGGGGGCUUUGUGGCACCAAAUCUUCCCCCCCUGGGGCACCGGGGUGGGACACGGGCACCAAACGCUGAAAAUUGGGGCCAAACCCUUGGGAAUUGGGGCCAAAACCCCAAGGAUUGGGGCUGGAAGAGCCCCCAGGCACACUGGGGGGGACAGCACCAGGGGGGCACGCAGCACCAAGGUUUUUGGGAUGGGGAAGCAUCAGGGGGGCGAAGGCGCCGCUCGCUGGGCCCCGAGGCCCAAAAACCCUUUUUUGGGCUUCAAAAAGGGUUUGGGGUGUGGGGACGGCCACUUGUGGGGUCCCCAAAUGCGGGGUGGUGGCACCGAGGGGGGGUCUCCUUUCUGCGUGGGGGCAGCACGAGGCGGACACCGGGACGUGGCCCCUCACCCUGAAGCCACCUCGGACGUGAAAUGAGGAGCUCGAGGAUCACAGAAACGAGAGAAAAAACCCCAAAAUCCAGAAACCCAACAGCGCCCGGUUCCUGUUCUCAAAGCUUCAGCUCCUGGGGGCUUCGCUUUCUGUCCCAAACCCCCCCAACCCCUCUCCUCCACACCAGGGGUCGGGAUGACCCCAAAUGUCCCCCCCCGGCCUCCUUCGCGUCACUGCUGCUGCUGCAACCCCCAUCCUGCGAAGCGCCUCGAGAUUUGGGGCAAAACCAGAAAAAAAACCCUAAAGGCAAAUGAAUAAAAGCGGCCGAACCCAGA